UCGGUUAUCCAACAUAACCUACAAAUCGAUCACAGAAUCACAGAAAUUUCAUUAUUAUUGUGGAAUAAAACAGCUUCCAUGUGAAACCCAUAAAGAGGAAUUAAGAUAUACAAAAUGGUAACACGAAAGCCUAUAAGCUGGUUUUUAACCGAUCAGGGACGGUCGGUUUCCUUUGCUCUUGUAACCGGCACUGGUCUUGCAUUAACUGCAGCGAAAUUUUUGCCCCAUACAUUUUUCCUGGACAAAUAUAAAGAGUUUGUUCACAACUACACAGACGGCAAACCGGACCCUUUGCCCAGAGAACUUACUGAGAGAUAUAAACAAUGUCUGGAUAUCUUAAAAUUGCCUGAUGUACAUCGGAAACUUGUCUCACCAUUUUCAGUGUUUGGAUUUGAUUUGUUUCAUGCAGGCAGCACCAGUUCAAAAUAUGGUGUGGCAGUGGGAAUACCAGUUAAUUUUACAUACAAGUCAGUUGCUGACUUAGAAAAUGCUGACAUUAAGGUUAACCAGAAGAAAAUAGAUUGGACAUCAGAGGCUGGCCAGAAACUGGCAGAAUCCCUGAUCCUGCCUGAGAGAGUUCAACAAUUUGCCAUUUGCAGAGAGACCCUUAUGACACAGAACAAUAAGGUUCAAUAUGAAGCCACAUAUCCAUUCUUGUGCAUGUUUUUUGUAUACAACUUAACCACAUAUCUCAAUAGAAGAAUGAACCUGUAUGCAGGCCCAGCAUCAAUGCGUGGAACUCUUUAUUCAAUAGUAGGACUGUUUGGUGUGGGCACAUACUUCCUUUUAAAAGAUACAACUGAAGUUUAUUAUGAAACGGAGGUGGACAAAUCAUUGUGUGCAUUGGGCCGAGAAUAUGUUGAGGCAGGAGUCAUCUUCUACGAUAAAAUACUCAAGAGAAAUCAAGCACUGAGAGAAUUGAUGGGGGCAGAAGGAGAGAAAAAAUACAGCAAACUUGGAAAUGAAAAUUUCUUCCUGAGACAACCUCGGAUAGCAUUGGUGCAUAGAAAGCUAUAUUUUGAGAAUGAGUUAAAGAAACUUGAAACACAGGACGAUGAGGCUGGAAAGGAUUUGCUAGAGUAAACCAAAAAAAAUUGUCUUUUGCAAGAGUUGCAAGUAUUGAUUCAGAAAAACAUAACCUAGGCUGUAUUAAAAAAUUCAAAUAAAACGGUUAGGUAGAUUACUAACAUAUUUGCAAUGUUUUUAAUUAUUUAUUCCUAUAUUUAACUGGAGCACCUAUAUCCAGUUUCCCUGUUAAUAUCUGUCCCAAGGUCAGAAGCUUUAUAGUAGUUUAUA